GCAACCUGGGUAACUUUAGCUUGGCAGCAGUUUAUUUUCCUGAUAAAAAAAGUUAGGGUUCAACUAAACCCCGUUCCCACGUUUCGCCGCCACACCACCAGCACCGCCGCCGCCGCCGCCGCUCCCACUACUCUCUCGCUUCCACCUCCUCUCCCCCUCCGUUCCUUCCUUCUCCACUCUCUCUGUCAGAUCCGGCGUGGCGCGUCCCCGCCGCUGAGCUCGGCUCCCCCCCGCCCCCCUGUGCCACUAGUUUGGUUGGAUUUGGGGGCUGGGUUUUGAAUUCGGAGACAUGGCGGAAGUGGAGGACAAUCUCAAGGACUAUGAGAUCAAGAGGGAAGGCGAGGCCGAGAUUCUCAUGCUCAAGAGCAACGCCGUGUUCUUCAAUCCUGUGCAGGUUCACAACAGAGAUAUGUCCAUUGCUGUUUUAAGGACCUUUGUUGCCAAGCACAAGGAAGAACAUGAGGCGCUGAUGAAUAAGAAGAAUAAGUCACAUCAAAAAGCCAAACAGAGUGAAAUAUCUGAUCAAAAUGGAGAGGAUGCUUCAACUAGCCAGCAUGAUGAAAUAGAAGUUGUUUGUGAAAAGGAGCUAAAGCAAGCUGAAGAUGAAAUGGAAGAUCUGUCAAAAGAAGCGACAAAGACACCUUCCUGGAAAGUAACCAGAGAGCUUAAGCCACCGCUUGUUCUAGAGGCUUUGGCUGCUUCUGGGUUGAGGUCUCUCCGGUAUGCCCGUGAAGUCGAUGGCUUAGGAAAGGUAGUUUCCCUGGACAAUGAUAAAGCUUCUGUCGAAGCUUGCAAGAGAAAUAUAAAGUUCAAUGGGGCUUCCGCUAUUAGUAAGGUGGAAGCUCACUUGGCUGAUGCUCGAGUUUACAUGCUCACGCAUCCAAAAGAAUUUGAUGUGGUUGAUCUUGACCCUUAUGGAUCACCAUCUAUAUUCCUCGAUUCAGCUGUACAGGCUGUAGCUGACGGUGGGAUAUUGAUGUGCACUGCCACUGAUAUGGCAGUUCUUUGUGGGACCAAUGGAGAAGUUUGUUACUCCAAAUACGGUUCGUACCCAACUAAGGGCAAGUAUUGCCACGAAAUGGCUUUGAGAAUCCUCCUUGCCAGUAUUGAGAGCCAUGCAAAUCGGUACAAGCGAUAUAUUGUGCCUGUUCUCUCUGUGUUUAUGGAUUUUUAUGUCCGUGUUUUUGUUCGAGUAUUCACUUCUGCAAGUGAAAUAAAGAAUACUCCUCUUAAACUUUCUUACGUAUAUCAAUGUGUUGGCUGUGAUUCUUUCCAUCUUCAGUGUCUUGGGAGGACUAUCUCUAAGAAUAACAGUGUGAAGCAUGCACCUGGUAUUGGGCCAGUUGUUCCUCAAGAGUGCAACAAUUGUGGAAAGAAAUUUAAUGUGGGUGGGCCAAUAUGGUCUGCUCCUAUUCAUGAUCAAGACUGGGUAGUUUCUACUUUGACAGAUGUUAAGUCCAUGAAGGAUAGAUAUCCUGCAUACGAUAAAAUUACUUCAGUUCUAACUACUGUGUCAGAGGAGUUACAUGACAUUCCAUUGUUUUUCAGUCUCCAUAACAUAGCUGGCACUGUUAAGUGCACAUCUCCGUCUUUAGUUAUGUUCCGGUCUGCAGUUCUAAAUGCAGGAUAUCGGAUCUCAAGCACCCAUGUUAAUCCGCUUGGGGUGAAGUCUGAUGCCCCUUGGGAUGUUAUUUGGGACAUCAUGCGCUGCUGGGUGAAGAAUCAUCCUAUUAAGGAACAGCCACGUGACUCUCCUGGCACGGCGAUCCUUUCAAAAUCGCCAAAGCUAGAAGCAAAUUUCUCUAGGGCAGUUGCUGCCCUCAGCAAGGCUCAGGCGAAGAAGGUUAAGCGGUUCCUUCCGAACCCAGAGCGCCACUGGGGUCCGAAGGUCAGAGCAGGUCGGAAGAUCACGAGUAAACAUGUCUCUCUGUUGGGCCCUGAGGCUAUCAAUGGUGUUGUAAAUGGAGCUAUCAGCCACGAAGAUGGAAAUGGAGCAGUGACAGAUGAGUCAGCUCCAGAACCGGAAGGGAUCAAAGAUGACGAGAAUGAACCCUCAACCAAACGCCAAAAAUUCAGUGAUGAUGAACCGGCAUGCGAACCUUGAUCAACCAGAUCACCGUUAACUUUUUGUUUGUUUAACUUUCUGCCCCUCUCGUUCCUUUAUGUUUGUGAGCUUUAUGUUGUGUGUGGCCGUCAGUUUUUAUAUCACAUGUUGCUGGGACAACAAUGAAUUUUGAUCGAAACGAAUUUCAAUCAAGGUUUUGUUA